AUGAUAACGGACGACCCCCAUACUGCAUACCCCAACCAGCAAAUCGUGUGGGAUUAUUUCAAUGCUUACUUUGCUGCUGUAGAUGGACUUGUGUUCUACGCAGAUGUAUUUAAGGAUUACUUCCGUCAAGGUCUGCAACAAUUUUAUGACGAUGGAAUACAGUUUAUGGAAGUGAGGGCGCUAUUGCAACCUACAUAUGAAUUGGAUGGUACAACAUAUAACAGUGAACAUACGUUAUUAGAAUAUGAGGCUGUCAACACUGAGUGGUUAAACGAUCAUCAACACGACUCAAUGGGAUCUAGAAUUAUAUUCACUUCUAUUAGGUCAUCCACUAAUGAAGUAAUAAACAACGUUAUUAAUUUAGCAAUGGAACUUCAUAGUAAGUACCCUAAUUUUAUGAAAGGAUUUGACCUUGUAUCUCAAGAAGAUGACGGCCAUCCCCUGAUAUAUUUUUUGGAAGAGCUAUUGAUACCGACGCAAGCAGGAAAAGAUUUGCCUUAUUACUUCCACGCAGGAGAGACAAAUUGGCAAGGCACUGAGACAGACGAGAAUCUGAUUGACGCCCUCAUGUUAAACUCAUCCAGGAUUGGUCAUGGUUACGCAGCAACGAAACAUCCCGAAGUGUUAUUGGAAUUAAAACAACGCGAUAUACCAUUGGAAGUUAACCCCAUAUCCAACCAAGUACUGAAACUCGUUGACGACUUACGAAACCAUCCAGCAAGUACUCUGCUAGCAGAUGGUUAUCCAAUCGUCGUUAGUUCCGAUGACCCUGCCACUUGGGGUUCCACUCCCUUGUCACAUGACUUCUAUGAGAUGUUCAUGGGAAUUGCCAGUGCUAAGGCUGAUCUGCGAUUAUUGAAACAACUUACAACAGACUCUAUCAAAUAUAGUACUCUGUUAGAAGAGGAGAAAGCUUCGUGCAUGGAUAUGUGGUCGACUGAAUGGGACAUAUUUUUAGACAAAGUGUUAGAAAUGUACAACAUAACUGACUGGGAGAAUUAUGUUCCUGCACCAACUGAGACGACAAUUACAGAUGGUGCAGCAAAGCUGUUGUGUCUCAACAUAACACCUAUUAUUCUGGCAAUAAUAAUGGUUAACACAUAA